ACACACUGUAUUUUGUGCUGUCGUAAAGCCCACGUGUCCAGCGCAGAGUCUGCCAGAGAGGAGCCCGGACGCGCCUGAAAUACUCAGCCACAGCAGAGGGAGCCCGGCUGCUCGGCUCUCACCAGGUUUAUCCCUUCCAGCCGCUACCUGGAAGCUGGUGUUGUCGAGGGAUAACAAAAAAGUCCCCUUCUUAAACCUCGUACGGCUUGUGAUCUCCCAGGGCUGUACACACAGCACAGACACACACGUAAAGCCAAUAGAAAUACUCAGGCUGGGACACGGCAGAAAUCAAAGCAGGGCACUUCGUUCCUCCUGCUCUUUCAGACAGCCCCCGCACCUCGGCCGCGCGAGGCGGUGUCUCUGAACGCUGGCUCGGCUUGGGGCAGGCAGGAGGCACCGCGCGGAGGUAGGAGCUCACGACUGUCUCUCCCGUUUCCCCUGCUCUCUAGGCUGCAGAGAUGUUGAAGCCCGGCGACCCAGGCGGAUCUGCUUUUCUGAAGGUGGAUCCAGCUUAUCUCCAGCACUGGCAGCAGCUGUUCCCGCAGAGCAGCCAGCUCAAGAGCAGCGGGGCCCUCACCCAGCUCCCGCCGCCCGAGAGAGCGGAUCCCUCGGCUGACAGCCUCCGCCAGCGCCCAGCCUCUCUCUCCUCCGCUUCCUCUUCCUCCUCUUCGUCCACCCCAUCUUCUUCCACCUCCUCUUGCGCCGCCGCCGCCGCUUCCCUGGCCGGGCUGACCUCGAUCUCUGUGGCCCAGAUUCCUGUCUUUGGGCCGCUACCGAGCUCCGAGUCCCCCUCCGGAGCCCCGGCCUCCCUGCAGAGCAAAGACUUGUGCGGCGGGGGCGCCAAGUGCAGCGAGCGGGCUGCGCCCAGGUUUCGAUGUACAGCAGAGGAGCUGGACUAUUACCUGUAUGGACAGCAACGCAUGGAGAUCAUCCCCCUGAACCAGCACACCGGUGACCCCAACAACCGAUGUGACAUGUGUGCUGAUAAUCGCAACGGUGAGUGCCCCAUGCAUGGGCCACUUCACUCUCUGCGCCGCCUAGUGGGCACUAGUAGUGCUGCAGCCGCAGCACCUCCACCUGAGAUCCCUGAAUGGCUCAGGGAUCUUCCCCGGGAAGUGUGUCUGUGUACCAGCACUGUGCCUGGUCUGGCCUAUGGCAUCUGCGCUGCUCAGAGGAUCCAGCAGGGCACAUGGAUUGGGCCUUUCCAGGGAGUUGUCCUUCUGCCGGAGAAGGUUCAAACGGGAGCCAUCAGGAACACUCAGCACCUCUGGGAAAUAUAUGACCAAGAUGGGACACUACAGCACUUUAUUGAUGGCGGGGAACCCAGUAAGUCAAGUUGGAUGAGGUAUAUCCGAUGUGCAAGGCACUGUGGGGAACAGAACCUAACAGUAGUUCAGUACAGGUCAAAUAUAUUCUACAGAGCCUGUAUAGAUAUCCCCAGAGGCACCGAACUGCUGGUGUGGUACAAUGACAGCUACACAUCUUUCUUUGGAAUCCCUUUACAGUGUAUUGCACAGGAUGAAAACUUGAAUGUCCCUUCAACUGUAAUGGAGGCCAUGUCCAGACCAGACACCCUACAGCCUUUUAACAAAAGUAGCAAACUACCCCCUGCCACACCACAGCGAUCCAUAGUAUUUCCACAGACUCCGUGUAGCAGAAAUUUUUCUCUUCUGGAUAAGUCUGGGCCUAUCGAGUCAGGAUUUAACCAGAUCAGUGUCAAAAACCAACGAGUUCUUGCAAGCCCAACGUCAACCAGCCAACUAAAUUCUGAGUUCAGUGACUGGCACCUUUGGAAAUGUGGGCAAUGCUUUAAGACUUUCACCCAGCGGAUCCUCUUACAGAUGCACGUGUGUACGCAGAACCCUGACAGAAAUUCCCAACAAUCCCAUUUGGGGGGCUCCAGAAAGGGACCCUAUCAGUGUGGCCACUGCUCCCAAUCCUUCUCCCAACCUUCAGAGCUCAGGAACCACGUAGUCACCCAUUCCAGUGACAGACCUUUCAAGUGCGGCUAUUGCGGCCGUGCCUUUGCUGGUGCUACAACACUGAACAAUCAUAUCCGGACGCAUACGGGGGAAAAACCCUUUAAGUGCGAGAGGUGUGAGAGGAGCUUCACACAAGCCACCCAGCUGAGUCGACACCAGAGGAUGCCCAAUGAGUGCAAGCCAAUAACAGAGAGCACAGAAUCAAUUGAAGUGGAUUAACUGAUUGACUGGUUGGAAUUAAACUGCAAGGAAAGUCAUGAUUAAAUGUCAUGGACACUUAAGCAAAACCAAAGAUUUCCUCUGAGCAACUUUCAAUCAGUCCCAGAAAACCAAAAGCAGUAAUAAAAUAAGUAAGAUGUUAAAAGAUAUUGAUCCUGGCAUGGAAGUAAGACCAGGAAAGAGAUUAUUUAUUUAUGACUAGGGAUGAGACUUAUUUCAAUGGACAAAUAACUUGGGACUGCUAACAUUUCAAGUCCCACCAUGUAUUGCUUUAUUUCUAAAAGCAUUUAUAAUUGUUAUUUAAUACCAAAGCGAGGAAUCUCAAGGGUUCUUCUGCCUAUAGUUAUGACUGCGAAUGCACAUGGACUUGUUUAUUGUUGCACCUUUUUUUGGAGCAUGAUUCAAAGGACCCAGAAAUAGUCCUUAUAUUUGGUUGGGUUGGUCUUGACAUAGCUAUAAUAGAAAUUCUUGUGUCUGAAUGGUGCAAUGGAAAGUGAUCUAGAACCAUAUCUGAAUCAGUGUCCAGUUCCUCAGACCAAAGGACAUUUCAUUUCAUGGUUCCAAACUUUACAUUUUUGCACACUUUUUCCAUGUACAUGGUUUCAUUACACAAUUUUGUCCUGGUACAAAGUUCCUGGAAAACCAAACAAGAAAUGUUUUUCAUGUCUAUAGAUAUACAGUUGUGUAAGACUAUCAGCAAGGAAAAUAUUGUAACACGUAGAGCUUUGAAACACAAUAUCACUGUUUAAAAAGAGAGAAAGUGUUUUCAGUAAAAAUCUAAUGUUAAUAAAUUCUCUAUCUGAAAGUCCUACAGUGAGAAGCAAAACAAAAAGGAUUAGAUUUUAUUUGGGAGGUUGAUGUAAUGAUUUGUUAAUCAAAAGUCUACUGUAGCCUAUUUUACAGUGUCCAGAUAUUUGUACCUUAUUGGCUCAGGUUCAUUUGAAAGCAAUCCCAGGUCACUUGAAACUUUCAACAAACUCAGCCAGCUUUAAGAUUGUAAGAAAACCUGAAUCCAGGUGUCUUGUGUGUGGCUUCAUUGCAGUCACUUUAGAGAUCUCUACCUAAUUUUCAUUCAACCCAAGAGCUUAAUGCCCAUUAAUGCUAAAGGGAGUUUAUACACAUUUACCAAGAAAAGAAGUGCCCUCAUAAAGAUAUAUAGACAAUAAUAUAGAGUACUUAGUGUGUGCAUACAGGAAAGGCUAAACACCUUCAGGCUGUAUACUUUCUGAACAGACACAGCUAAUGCGAUGUGAUUUUAUUGGCAGUUGCACACAUUAGGUGAAAUCCUGCCCCACUGAAGACAAUGAGAAUGUUGCCAUUGAUUCAGCAGGGCCAGGAUUUUAACCGGUACUCCUUAAAGCAUUCAGGAUUAAAAAUAUAUCCCUCUGGAUCCAGUUCAUUUUUUUUUUAAAAGAGUAAAUGUUUAUGUGUAAGUAACGUCCUUUGUGGAGGCAAGAGUAUUGGUUACAUCUUACUCAUCUUUAAAGCGAUGCUUAGUCUCCUGAGUUGGUAGGCACUGAUGCAACUGUCAUAUCAUCUCAUCAGAUAUUAGGCAGCAUGCCCUCAUCAGUUUCAAUGGUGACUUCUGCUCAAAAACAAGACUGCGCAAAGCAGUGCCUCUUUAAAUCAACCACCAUCAAACAGGACUACUAACCUUUCUUUCCACACAGCUCUGUUGAUAUUUCUGUGUGUUAUUCUAAGAUGGUAAAGAAACAUGAGCGCACAGCAAUCCAGAGCAGAGGUAAUCAGAGAUAUGCUGGAUCUUGACUUCCUAACGUUAUUUAUAAAUACAAGGGGUGAAUAUUGGCCUCACUGAAGUCAAUGGCAAUACUCCUGUUAACGUCAAUGAGCCCAGGAUUUCACCCAAUAUACGGUACACAAGCUUUCUUCAACAGCUAAGUGCACAUUGGGAUCCCACUAGGAAAAUGAGUGUCCUACCUACUUCGGAGCUUGUACUCACAGGAAUGUGGGAUUCCAGUGCUGGAGAAGGGAGAGUUUAGAAAAAAGGAGGCGGUAUUGGCAAAUGAAGGGCAAUAAAAUGAUAGAAAUACUUGUCAUUUGUAGCCAUGUGUUCUUCCUAUCUUAUUGCUGGCAAUACUACACCAUAACAGUUCACAGUCAAGAUACUCUAUUUGUCAGUUUCUAUAUUAUUUUUCAGUGUUUCAUCCACAUUGGUGUGGUCUUGCAUUAAGGGUUGUUUGAAGUAUUCACAGCAUCAUUUAAAAACCUCAACAAUUCUUUAAAUGGGUUCAGUUUAACAAAAAAAGGCUGAAUUUUCUGGGCUAAUUUUCACUCAAAAAUGGUCUCUUUUCAAGGAUAAACCUUGACGUGUUUUAAUUUCAUAAUUUUCUUUAAUAAAAGAUCAAUUUUUGCAUUUAAUAUUUUAAAAUGUUCUCUGUUUCAUUGCAAACACUGCAAUUUUAAGAUAAUGGGAUAGAGCCAGUUCUGGGGGUCUUGCUGUGUCAUGGAGGCAAAAUUGUAAUUUUGUUUUGUGAAAUUUUGUGACGAAAAACAGAUUAAUUCUUUUUGCCCGGUCCUAAUUUUCAAGUUGUUUAUAAGUAUUCAGUUACAAAAUCAGAAAGUAGCAGAAAUAUAGUAAAAAGGCAUUUUCCGCCUGAGUUUUCCAGCCCUGUUUCUAGAUUAAAGAAAUUUUGAUAAGCUUGGGUAAGAGUCUAACUUUAUGGAUGCUUAUCCAGAUUUAUCCUUUGAAUUAUUUGAGGUUCUAGUCUAGUAUUCAUCUGAUUUUCUAUAGGAUGAGAGCCACGUAACAUGGAUAGUUAGGUAUCAAAUAUUACAAUUUAAAGGUCAGAAUUUAAGCAUCAUUUUAUUCACAGUAGUGAUUGGCUUAAGCAGCAAAGUUCAGAACUAAAUCUGUAUUUUCCUAACGUUUGGGAGUGUUUGGAUUGGGGCCAUCUCUACUUUAGAAAGACCAGAACGGCUUCUAAACCUUUUAGCACAUCUUUGUUGGUACCGUGAUGCACACACAUUAUUCUAGUUUAGUAAUGAAAUAAUCCCAAUAUAAUGCAACGGUCCUAUUCAGCACUUGAACAGAGCAAGACUCUCAUCACUAUUGUAAAUUAUGGAAUUAUUUCAUCAUAAACUGCAGAAAUAAGUAGGUUUUGCAUCUUAGGUGAGAAAUGAGAUAUGCUAAACUCUGAGAGGCAAAUGUAAGCUACAUGUUGUAUCAGCAAACUGUGAUUUUGUAUUAUCAAGGUAUUCUUUUCUUUUUCUAUGAGGUGAAAUCAGUGGUAGUUCAGAGCACUGAGUAUCUCACAAGGUCAGGCCUAUGCUUUGCAGUAGUUUUUAAGGGCCAGUUCAGAAAAGCACUUAAGCAUGUACUUAACUUGUGCAUAACUCCAUUGCUGAAAAGCGAUGGCCUUAAUCAUGUGCUUAUAAUUGCCGUAAAGUGCUUUCUUGGAUGUGGCCCAAAAGAUUUGAAGACUAACUGCAUUCUUUUAGGAGUUUGUUGGGAUUUGUUUUUAAACAUACCAGUGAAAAGCAUAAUUUUUGCAGGAAUUAUUUUGUACUUCCAAAGGACAUUUUAUUCAUUAUGUUGUGUCUGUUUCCCAAGCACAUUUUUAAUUAUUGCAUUGUUGCUUUACUAAGGCACUUUCACAAUAUAGUUGGUAGCAUACAAAUGCAAUUCAGUGCAAAAAAAUACAUGAUUUCAGAGUGGGUGUUUCGCUCUCAAGUUAUUCAGUGCAACAGUAUGCAUCUAUUACAAUAUAGUAAAUGUAAAACUGUUCUUGAGAGUAUUGACAAGCUAAAACGCAUCCUGAAUUGAACUAAACAAAAUCUAGUUUCUUUCUACUCUUACUGAAUGCUGAGUGAGUUUCUUUUUGGGUAUCGAUGUAGUAAUUAUGCAUUUGGGACCAUUAAGGAUAUAAUUUUAUAUGCUUGAACACAGGGAAUUAAAACAGUAAGUAAAGUAUGAUUACCUCAAACAGUAAUAAUUAUGUGCCUACCAUUUCUGAAUUUCUGAAACUGUUGCAAUCUCCCUUUUGAAGUUUGGUAAAUAUGUACAAGUAUAACAUUCUUCCAAUACUGCAAAAUCCAAAAUCUUUUACAAUAUAUCUAAAAUUGUAUACAUUUCUAAUGUUCACAUACACACAGAAUGAAGUCUCUUUCUCUCCCUCACACACACUUCUUAGAAAAGCUUCAAGCCCCUUAAGAAAUCACAGUUGACAAAUAAUAUGAACUUUUAAAAUAACAAAAUGAUUGUUUUCUUUUGAACAAGAACAGAGCUUUGAGCAAUGUAAUAAUUACAGCACAUUAGAUACUAAAAACACAAAGGCUAUGAUGUGUGGAUCUGUUACUUUCUUUGGUAUACUUAUCUCUUUUUAAAAUUGUUAUUUAUCACUUGUAUGGUGCCAUUAGGGUAUAUGGCUGUCUGAUAUGUGCCAAACAGAUGUGGUUUCUAAAUGAUAAAUAUUUGAAAAUAAAAAAGUGAUAAGAGUCCUCACUACUUUUGAAAGUUAUGUAUUGCUAUGACUUAUUUUAAAUUUAUCCUUAGUGCACUUUUUUGUUGCAUCCAAAUACCUUCUGUAUAUGAGUUUCCAUAAAAUAAAACAUUUGAAAUUGU